UGAUGAACGUCUCCGAGUCGUCUCGGGCUGGUUCUCCAGACGCCGGCUGGACCUGCAGCAAAGCUCCUGAAGUGGCCAGCGUCAGAGUUCAGCUGGAGAUGCAGAGCCUGUGGCAGCAGUUUGACCAGCUGGGCACUGAGAUGAUUGUGACAAAAGCUGGAAGAAGGAUGUUUCCUACAUUUCAAGUACACAUUUCAGGCAUGGACCCUGCUGCAGAAUAUGUUCUCCUGCUGGACUUUAUUCCUGUCGAUGACAAACGAUACAGGUAUGCUUUCCACAGCUCCUCCUGGCUGGUAGCUGGACGCGGAGAUAUAGCCGUCCCGGGACGAGUGCACUUCCAUCCGGACUCUCCCGCUCGAGGAGCGCAGUGGAUCAAACAGACCGUCUCAUUCGACCGCCUCAAACUCACCAACAACCUGCUGGACGAUAACGGCCAUAUGAUCCUGAGCUCCAUGCACCGGUAUCAGCCGCGGCUGCAUGUGAUUCUGGUGGACCAGAGCCGCGACAGUCAGCGCUUCGCUCACCGCAAUUUCUGCACCUUCAGCUUCCCAGAGACCCGCUUCAUCGCAGUCACCGCCUACCAGAACCACCGGAUCACCCAGCUGAAGAUCGCUUGCAACCCCUUCGCCAAAGGCUUUCGUGCAGCUGAUUCUGAAAACAGACAUUCAGCUCAGAGUCAGUCAGAAUCUGCCGGCCUGUCUUUACCGUGGAGUGUGUUUGAGGGAUCGUCUGCGUGUGAAGACCAGCGGCUACAACACCAGCCUCACCGCCGGUCAGACGCUCAUGAUCCAGCUCUACAGACAGCGAUGACUGAGGCGGCGCUCUCGUACGGAGCAGGGACGGACCGCAGGGACGGAGGGUCUCAGGGCCAUUUCUACAGUGCUCCUGUGUUCGUCACGGUGCCCUGUCAGUGGGACGGCCCGAGCAGAGCAGACAGAAGCCUGAUCGGAUAACCCAGUCUUUAUCAGCCUUACACUCUAAACAUGUUGUGUCAGGAAAUCUAAUUCAUUCAUUCACAUCAAAUAACAUCACCACCACCAACAAUAAUACUAAAUUAAAAUCAAAUAAAUUAAUUGAAAUGGUCAGGUCAGCUAGAAAUAGCUCCUUAUGAUAACAAUAUGUUUACAGGUUAGAUUUAUUACAUUAUACGUUAAUCAAAAUAAAGGCUCUGUGUUCUGUGAACUGUAUAACUGUGUUCAUGUUCAUGCUUACAUUAAUGCUUACCGACUACCAUGCACAUUUUUGUUCUGAUAUUGAUAAUAGAAGAUGUUUAGAAGAUGUAUUAAAAUACGCAUAUGGAUUGAUUUUGG